AAGCGUCAGAUGCCAAAAACACCUGCUGUAGCUGAAUUAGCUCUCAGAAAAUGGAAAGAAUCAAGGUUCUUGCAAUAACACUUUUGACAGCAUUCUUAAUGUUUAUGCCUCAAGUUAUUGGCAUACCACAGCAGCCAUCAAACCGCCCCUUAUGCGUCUCUCAACUUACCCUAGCCAACUACGCUUGUGGAAGGCUGCCUCUGUGGUCUUCAGGACCUGAAACCCCAUCAUCCAACCUUGUGUUUCCUGAUGAUCACAGGCAUGGUCAUAGACACAGGCGUAGAAGCGAGGGCAAAGACCACGACCAUGACACCCCUGUAGAUGACUGCUGCCGAUGGCUGAAUGAUCUUGAUGACGAAUGCAUCUGUGAGUUGCUGGUUCGCUUGCCACCAUUUCUUGCAAGGCCGUUGCAUCAGUAUACUGUCGUUAUUGCUGAUGCCUGCAACGUUACUUAUACAUGUAGUGGACGUGUGAGACCUUGAUUUUAUCGACUAACUUGUUCUCUGCUUCCUUCUGCUGUAACUUUGUUCAAAUUCUGCCAGUAUUGGUGGCGGUGUUGGUGUUGGUAUUAUUCUGAUAGUAAAUUAGCUUUAUGCAAACCUUUUAAGUUCA